AUGAACUCUGUUAUAGAAACAAUAAAGAAAAAUCCUCAGGUCAAAUCUAUAGCGAUCACAGGUGCUUUGAUGUCACUCACAAAAGUCAUAGACUUUUCAAAACCAUACUUACUGUUGCCCUUGCGCAUUGCUUAUGCACUUGUAACAUUGCUGCAGAUCGGUUUGUUUUACUAUACAAAAACCAUCAUCCAGAAAAAGAAUGACUUAUCUGUAAUGAAAUAUGUUGAGCCGGCCACUCCAAUUUCAGGGCGCGAACAUGCAAAAUUUAUUGCUACGACAGUUCGUGAAUACGAUCUUAAUCAACUCUUAACUAGCUUUAAACAAAUGCUCGUAACCAUCGGCACGACAAUGUUUAUGCAUUUAUAUAUGGGUUACGCUCCUCCCUUAUUGUUCCAACUUGUCUCAGCCAUCCGAGGCUUCCUUGAUGAAAGCGAAAUGAAAAUUCAUAUUCUCAAUAAACCUGCUACUGAUGACCUUAAGCGUCCUUUCAAGUCCGCAGGAUUAUUGGCAAGCUAUGGACAAGUUUUGACUGACAAAAGAAGCGUUGAUGAUGCCGAAUUGACAAAGUUGAAAGCCACUUAA